UAGGCGGCGGGACGAGGCUGGAGGCUGGAGGUUGGAGGGCUGGAGAGCCGGUGGGCACCGGGCACCGGGCACCCGGACGGCGCCUCCGGGAGGCACAGCAGGAGCAGGGCUCAGGAUCUGGAUGAAUCCGGUGGCCCCGAGGCCCAGGCGGGACUCGCGACGGCCGGAGAGCCCGCAGACCCCGCCGCGCUGAAGAUGGGACUGUGGGCCCGGCCGGGGGUCCCCCGCCCCACUUCCGCCCCCCUCCCGCUGCUGCUGCUGCUGCUGCUGCCACCACUGUCACUGCCCACGCAGCCGUCCCCGGGACCCCGGGCCGGCGAGCCCUUCCGAGUCUUCUCGGUCUCGGAGACCACGCUGACCCACCUGGCUGUGCACCGGCAGACCGGCGAGGUGUACGCCGGGGCCGUGAACCGCGUCUUCAAGCUGUCCCCCAAUCUGACGGAACUCCGGGCCCACGUGACCGGGCCCAUCGAAGACAACGCCCGCUGCUACCCGCCCCCCAGCAUGCGCCUGUGCUCCCACAAGCUGGCGCGGGCCGACAACGUGAACAAGCUGCUGCUGAUCGACUACCCGGGCCGGCGGCUGGUGGCCUGCGGCAGCGUCUGGCAGGGCGUCUGCCAGUUCCUGCGGUUGGAGGACCUCUUCAAGCUCGGGGAGCCCCACCACCGCAAGGAGCACUACCUGUCGGGGGCCCGCGAGCCGGACGCCAUGGCCGGUGUGAUCGUGGAGCAGGGCGCCGGGCCCAGCAAGCUGUUCAUCGGCACCGCCAUCGACGGCAAGUCCGAGUACUUCCCCACGCUCAGCGCCCGACAGCUGACCCGCGACGAGGAGAGCGCCGACAUGUUCAGCCUGGUGUACCAGGACGAGUUCGUCUCGUCCCAGAUCAAGAUCCCCUCGGACACUCUUUCCCUCCACCCAGCCUUCGACAUCUACUACGUGUACGGCUUUGUCAGCUCCUCCUUCGUCUACUUCCUGACCCUGCAGCUGGACACCCAGCAGACCCUGCUGGACGCGGCGGGGGAAAAGUUCUUCACUUCCAAAAUCGUGCGCAUGUGUGCCGGCGACUCCGAGUUCUACUCGUAUGUCGAGUUCCCCAUCGGCUGCGCCAAGGAUGGCGUCGAGUACCGCCUGGUGCAGAGCGCCUACCUCAGCAGGCCUGGGCACCGCCUGGCCCAGGCCCUGGGGCUGCCCGAGGACCAGGACGUCCUGUUCACCGUCUUCUCCCAGGGCCAGAAGAAUCGGGCCAGCCCCCCCCGGGAAACCCUGCUCUGCCUCUUCACGCUGAGCGACAUCAAUGCCCGCAUCCAGGAGCGCAUCCAGUCCUGCUACCGUGGCGAGGGCAAGCUCUCUCUGCCAUGGCUGCUCAACAAGGAGCUGCCCUGCAUCAACACGCCAAUGCAGAUCAACGGGAACUUCUGUGGGCUGGUGCUGAACCAGCCCCUGGGCGGGCUGCAGGUGAUCGAGGGAGUACCGCUCUUUGAGGACCGCACCGAUGGCAUGGCCAGCGUGGCCGCUUACACCUACCGCCAGCAUUCCGUGGUCUUCGUCGGCACGCGCACAGGCCACCUGAAGAAGAUUCGGGUGGACGGAGCCCAGGAAGCCCAGCUGUAUGAGACUGUGCCGGUGGUGGAGGGGCACCCCAUCCAGCGAGAUCUGCUCUUCAGUCCUGACUACCGAUACAUCUACCUGCUCAGUGAUAAGCAGGUGAGCCGGGUGCCAGUGGAGACCUGUGAGCAGUACCGGAGCUGCGCGGCCUGCCUGGGCUCUGGGGACCCUCACUGCGGCUGGUGUGUCCUCCACAACAAGUGUUGCCGGGAGGGAGAGUGUCCCAGGGCUUCGGAGCCACACCGCUUCACCGCCACCCUGAGCCAGUGUGUCCGCGUGUCCGUGCAGCCCAGCAAUGUGUCGGUCACCGUGCCGGAUGUGCAGCUGACCGUUUCGGUGCAGAAUGUGCCGGACCUGGCGGCUGGGGUCAGCUGCUCUUUUGAGGAUGUCGCCGAGAGCGAGGCUCUGCUGCUACCCCACGGGGAGAUCCUCUGCUCCUCUCCCUCCCUGCGGGACGUCCCCGCCGUCACCAGUGGGCACGGCGCCACGCGGACCGUCCGACUCCACCUGCGCUCCAAGGAGACGGGGAUGAAGUUCGCCGGGGCCGAUUUCGUCUUCUACAACUGCAGCGUCCUCCAGUCGUGCCUGUCCUGCGUCAGCAGCCGCUACCCCUGCCACUGGUGCAAAUAUCGCCACAUCUGUACCCAUAAUGCCAAAGAGUGCUCCUUCCAGGAGGGCCGGGUCAACACCACUGAGGGCUGCCCAGAGAUCCUGCCCAGUGGGGAGAUCCUGAUUCCGGUGGGCGUAGUACAGCCCCUCACCCUGCGGGCCAAGAACCUGCCCCAGCCCCAGUCAGGACAGAAGAACUAUGAGUGCGUCUUCAACAUCCAGGGCCGGCAGCAGCGCGUCCCUGCUGUGCGCUUCAACAGCAGCAGCGUGCAGUGCCAGAAUACCUCGUAUACCUACGACGGGGAUGAGCACGGUGACAUGACCCUGGACUUCUCGGUGGUGUGGGAUGGAGACUUCUAUAUCGACAAGCCUGCCAACUUCAAAGCCCUCCUGUACAAGUGCUGGGCUCAACGGAAGAGCUGCGGUCUCUGCCUCAAAGCCGAUGCCCGUUUUGAGUGUGGCUGGUGUGUCUCCGAGAGGAAGUGCCAGCUCCGAGCCCAUUGCCCGGCGCCAAAAGCCAACUGGAUGCACCCCAGCAAACGCAACCCCCGCUGCAGCCACCCUCGCAUCACCCAGAUCCAGCCUGCUACGGGCCCCAAGGAAGGGGGUACCCGAGUCACGGUGUCAGGUGAAAACCUGGGCCUGACAUACUUCGAGGUGGCCGUGCGUGUGGCCGGCGUUCGCUGCAACUCCAUCCCUGCCGAGUACAUCAGCGCUGAAAGGAUCGUGUGUGAGAUGGAGGAGUCUCUGGUGCCCAACCCUCCCCCUGGCCCCGUGGAGCUCUGUGUGGGGGACUGUUCGGCUGACUACCGCACCCAGUCUGAGCAGCUCUACACCUUCGUGACCCCAAGUUUCCACCGCGUGAACCCUAGCCGGGGUCCAGCCUCCGGGGGCACCCGCCUCACCAUCUCGGGCAACCACUUGGAUGCGGGCAGCAGGGUGACUGUGGCUGUGCGGGAUGGGGAGUGCCAGUUUGUGAGGAGGAAUGCCCAGGAAAUCGUCUGCAUCUCACCGGCCUCCGCUCUGGGCCCCAGCCAGGCCCCCGUCACCCUGAGCAUUGAUCGGGCCAACGUCCCCAACCCGGGUCUCUCCUACACCUACGCCCAGGACCCUGCCAUUGCACGCCUGGAGCCUGCCUGGAGCAUCUUCAAUGGCAGCACCACCAUCACGGUGACUGGCACCCACCUGCUGACCAUCCAGGAGCCCCGCGUGCGAGCUAAAUACAGCGGCAUCGAGACCAUCAAUACAUGCCACGUGCUGAACGACACAGUCAUGCUGUGCAAGGCCCCAGGCAUCUUCUUCAGGAAGCCCCGCCCGCCCCUGGAAGGCGAGCAUCCCGACGAGUUCGGCUUCGUGCUGGACCACGUCCAGUCCGUUCGUGCGCUCAACCGCUCGGCCUUCACCUACUACCCCGAUCCCAGCUUCGAGCCCCUCGGCCCCGCCGGCGUCAUGGACAUCAAGCCCGGCUCCCACAUCGUUCUCAAGGGGAAGAACCUGAUCCCCGCCGCCUCAGGCAGCUCGCGGCUCAACUACACGGUGCUGAUCGGGACGGAGCCCUGCGCCCUCACGGUCUCCGACAGCCAGCUGCUCUGCGAUUCCCCCAGCCAGACCGGGAAGCGGCCCGUCACGAUUCUAGUUGGGGGGCUGGAGUUCUCUCCGGGGACGCUGCACAUCUACGCGGACAGCGCCCUGACGCUGCCGGCCAUCGUGGGGCUCGGAGCCGGCGGGGGGCUGCUGCUCCUGGCCAUCGUCGUGGUGCUCAUCGCCUACAAGCGCAAGACCCGCGACGCCGACCGCACCCUCAAGAGGCUGCAGAUGCAGAUGGACAACCUGGAGUCCCGGGUGGCCCUGGAGUGCAAGGAAGCGUUUGCCGAGCUGCAGACGGACAUCAACGAGCUCACCAACAACAUGGAUGGCGUCAAGAUCCCCUUCCUGGAUUACAAGACCUAUGCCAUGCGGGUGCUCUUCCCGGGCAUAGAGGAACACCCAGUGCUCAAGGAGCUGGAUACACCGCCCAAUGUGGAGAAGGCCCUGCGGCUGUUCGGGCAGCUGCUCAACAGCAAGGUGUUCCUGCUGACCUUCAUCCAUACACUGGAGGCCCAGCGCAGCUUCUCCAUGCGGGACCGCGGCAACGUGGCCUCGCUCGCCAUGGUGGCCCUGCAGGGCCGCAUGGAAUACGCCACCGUGGUGCUCAAGCAGCUGCUCGCCGAUCUCAUCGAGAAGAAUCUGGAAAACAAGAACCAGCCCAAGCUACUGCUGCGCAGGACCGAGUCCGUGGCUGAGAAGAUGCUCACCAACUGGUUCACCUUCCUCCUGCACAGGUUUCUGAAGGAGUGUGCCGGGGAGCCGCUGUUCAUGCUGUACUGCGCCAUCAAGCAGCAGAUGGAGAAGGGCCCCAUCGACGCCAUCACGGGCGAGGCCCGCUACUCCCUGAGCGAGGACAAGCUCAUCCGCCAGCAAAUCGACUAUAAGACCCUGACGCUGAACUGUGUGUGCCCAGAGAGCGAGAGCGGCACGGAGGUGCCCGUCAAGGUGCUCAACUGCGACAGCGUCACGCAGGCCAAGGACAAGCUACUGGACACGGUCUAUAAGGGCCUCCCGUACUCCCAGCGCCCCAAGGCCGAAGACAUGGACCUAGAAUGGCGCCAGGGCCGACUGGCCCGGAUCACCCUCCAGGACGAGGACGUCACCACCAAGAUCGAGUGCGACUGGAAGCGCCUGAACUCGCUGGCACACUACCAGGUGACGGAUGGAUCCAUCGUGGCGCUGGUCCCCAAGCAGAUCUCGGCCUACAACAUCGCCAACUCCUUCACCUUCACCCGCUCGCUCAGCCGUUACGAGAGCCUGCUGCGCACCUCCAGCAGCCCGGACAGCCUGCGCUCCCGCGCCCCCAUGAUCACCCCUGACCAGGAGACGGGCACCAAGCUGUGGCAUCUGGUGAAGAACCACGACCACAACGACCACAAGGAGGGGGACCGGGGCAGCAAGAUGGUGUCCGAGAUCUACCUGACCCGCCUGCUCGCCACCAAGGGCACGCUGCAGAAGUUCGUGGAUGACCUGUUUGAGACGGUGUUCAGCACGGCUCACCGCGGCUCCGCCCUGCCCCUCGCCAUCAAGUACAUGUUCGACUUCCUGGACGAGCAGGCUGACAGGCGGCAGAUCGGUGACCCUGACGUGCGCCACACCUGGAAAAGCAAUUGUCUCCCUCUGCGCUUCUGGGUCAAUGUGAUCAAGAACCCCCAGUUCGUGUUCGACAUCCACAAGAACAGCAUCACGGAUGCCUGCCUGUCAGUGGUGGCCCAGACCUUCAUGGACUCCUGCUCCACCUCGGAGCACCGGCUGGGCAAGGACUCCCCCUCCAAUAAGCUGCUCUACGCCAAGGACAUCCCCAGCUACAAGGCCUGGGUGGAGAGGUACUACCGUGACAUCUCCAAGAUGGCGGCCAUUAGCGACCAAGACAUGGAUGCCUACCUCGUGGAACAGUCGCGGCUCCACGCCAACGAGUUCAACACCCUUAGUGCCCUCAGCGAGCUCUACUUCUAUAUCAACAAGUACCGGGAGGAGAUCCUCACCGCUCUGGACCGUGAUGCCUACUGUCGGAAGCAUAAACUGCGACAGAAGCUGGAGCAGAUCAUCAGCUUGGUAUCCAGUAACAGCUGAGAGGGGUCGGGGGGGGGGGAGUCGGUGGCCCCCGCCCUCGAGGCCCUCCCACCCCGCGGUUGGACAGGCCCCACUCUCAACCCUGGAGCCUGGAACCUGGCCCCCUCCUCUCCGCUUUCCAGCUUCUGGGACCCACUGGGGGUGGAGGGGGGAACCGGCACCCAGUUCAGUGAAACCAACCCCGCUAGGGGGUGGGGUGGGGAGAGAUUUGGGCAGACGCUCCCUCCCUUCACCAACUCCUCUCAGCAGCAGGACGAAGCGGGCACCCUCCCCGCCCGCCUCUAGGUCUGGCAGAAUGUGAGUUCAUGGGCAGCGACCCCACCCCCGGGACAUUCCCUCCCACUCUAGAUGGAUCCCACCAGUGCCUCCGCCCGCGGGGCCUCUGGGGGGAUCCGUACUUCGUGCCUUUCUUCCAGGGCCCAGGUGGCUGGGCACAGCGGCCGGGGGGGCGCCGGGGGGGGCCCCGCCUCCCCUCACUUACCUCCAGAGCUGUAUUUUCCAACAGCAAUAUCCUACCCCAGCCUCUAGCCCGGCCCCUCGGUCCUCCUAGCCUCCACACCCCCCGUCCCCUACCGGCUCCUCAGCAUGGGUGAACCAGACCGGAGAGCGGCGGGGGACCAGGGCCAGGCUUGGGCAGAGUCUCUGAGUGGAUGUCCCCGGAUCCAGGGCCAGCCGGAGGCUCCCGGGAAGAGCAGGGUUCCCCUGGCAGCAGCCCAAUGCCAUCAGGAGUCGGGGGCUCCCUCCCAACGCCCCCUCCCCCCUGGCUUCUGUCUAAGAUGUGCGUUAGCGGCAGGCGGGUCUCCCUGCUCCCUGUCCUAUUUAUGUGUCCUUGUUCCCCUCCCUUCUCUAUUUAUUUAAUUUAAUCACCCCCCUCUACACACACUUCUCCCCAGCUCCCGCACAGCUUGUAAGUAACAACCCUGGAGGUGGGGGCUCAGGUGGGUCGGGAGCCCUGGGAGCACCAAACUAUGCUGACUACCUGCCUCUCCCCCUCUCCGGUUUGGCGUGGGGUGGCCAGGAGCCAGGGAGAAGGCUUGGGAGCUUUACAGAUCCCCGAUGUCACCCCCAGAGUUGCUGAGGGAAGCCCCUUCUCUCCUGUGCCUGCCUGCCUCCACUGCCCUUCUGCCUCCCUGAUCUUCUUGCUUCCCCCUGACUCUGGCCAGCGAUGAUGCCCCCCUCCGCUCCCCACCCACCUCGCCAAAGCCUCCCCCGGUGCUGGCUCCUCCCCACGUCCUCCUCGGCAAACUGGUCCUUGGAAACCAGCAACCUAAAUACCCUCUGGACCCCCACGCCCUUGACCCCAGGAGGGGCUUGGGUCUGGGUCUGGGGUGGGGUGGAGGGGAACUGGUGGUACCGGGGGAGGAGGGGGAGGAGGGCGAAACAGAGCAGGCCACGGCCCUGGGACUUGAUCUAGGGUGGGGGCUUCCCAGGUUCAUUGUCCUCUGGCCACCUUCUGGAGCCAGCUGGCCCCUGAGGCUCAGGACCUCCAGUCCCAGUGGCCCAGGGGAAGUGAAGUGGGGGUGGGGGUGAGCUGCAGAUAUACCUGACCCAGAAAAGCAAUAACAAGGAGCCUGGCAAAACUGCCAUUGCCCGCCAGCCUGCCUGCCUGCCUGCCUGGACUGAGGUAGUUGGGGCUCUGGGUGACCCUCUCCCUUUCCCCACCCCCUCCCUUGCCAAGGGUCCCGUGCCACCCACCCUACUCUAGCAGCAGUGCCUUUCACCUGCUUUAUGCCCAUUAUCCCUGGUAAGGUUGGAGCUGGGGAAACUGAGGCAAGGAGCCUCCCUCUAUCUCCCCCCCACCUCCCCAGAUCUGCCCGGAGAGGUCAGAGUUGUCUGCUCUCUGCCACCCUCCCUCGGCCCCAUCUCAGAAGGCCAAGCUGCUCCCCCAUUCCCCGCUCCAGAUUGCUGCCUCAGUUUCCCACCCCCGGGACCCCCCAACUGGGAAGCAGGAACCUCAACCCCACCCAGAGCCUGAAUCUGAGCCGAGCCUGCCGGAGCCGGGCCCCUGAGCCGCGCAGUAUAGAGACAUAUAUAUAUAUAUGUAUACGUGUGUAUAUAUAUAGUCCAUAGAGCUAUAAAUAUUGAGAGAGAGAGAGAGAGAGACCAAGAGGCCCCAGAGACGUUCGUGUUUCCUUGUGACGUAUAUCGAGUAGUUUCGAUGGAGAAUUUAAAAA